UAUAUGAAAAUGGGGUUUUGACAUUGCUUGGCGACUCGACCCCGUGCAUUAAACCCCAUUUUCUUCUACCAUUGCCAGAUGCCACCUCCAAUUUUUCUGCUUCUCAAUGAUCUCCAGGUUCUAACUUCACAGAAACAGGGAAAACUUUGCAGUUCUUGAUCAGCUAGCUUCUCACCACAAGCUCGCAGAAACUCAGUGAAUUGGCCUGUGCGUGGAAGAUGGUGGCCUUCGGGAAGAAGUUGAAAGAAUCACAAAUUCAAGAAUGGCAAGGGUAUUAUAUUAACUAUAAGUUCUUGAAGAAAAAAGUCAACCGAUACGCUCAACAACUGGAGGUUGGAGCCCAAGAUCACCGCUAUGUUCUCAAGGACUUCUCAAGAAUGCUAGACAGCCAGAUUGAAAAGAUUGUAUUGUUUCUGCUGGAACAACAAGGGCAACUAGCGAGCAGAUUAUCUGAUCUUAGAGAACAGCAUGACGAAAUUUUGCAGCAGACAGAUGGAGCAAAAAUAUCAGAGUUACAAGAAGCAUACAGAAGAGUAGGACAUGAUCUUUUAAGGCUUCUCUUUUUUGUUGAGAUGAAUGCUACUGGCUUGCGAAAGAUUUUGAAGAAGUUUGAUAAGCGCUUUGGCUACAGAUUCACCAAUUACUAUGUCAAAACCCGAGCAAAUCAUCCUUAUUCUCAGCUGCGACAAGUGUUUAAACAUGUGGGUAUUGGGGCUGUUGUUGGGGCCAUAUCUCGCAAUCUCGCAGACCUGCAAGACCAUCAAGGGAACUACGUAUCAAUAUAUGAUCAGCCUGCUUUAUCCCAUCCGGAUCCCGUGGUUCAUUCUAUAAAAGCAGCAGUAAACAGAUUAUCAAAUUCAACAAACUUUCUCGAGUUUUUGGGGAAGCAUGCAUUUAUUAUGCAAGAUGAUUUACCAACUCCAUCUGAAGAAGAUGUUGCGGAGGAGAGAUAUCAUUUCAUGUCACUUCUCUUGAAUUUGGUAAACACGUUUCUAUAUAUGGUCAACACAUAUAUCAUUGUCCCAACAGCAGAUGACUACUCCCUUAGCCUUGGAGCUGCAGCAACUGUUUGUGGUGUUGUGAUCGGGUCAAUGGCUGUUGCACAAGUGUUCUCUUCAGUUUAUUUUAGUGCAUGGUCGAAUAGAUCAUACUUGAGGCCACUUAUUUUUAGCAGCGUUGUGCUUCUCAUUGGAAACACCUUGUAUGCUCUGGCUUAUGAUCUUAAUUCAAUAGCAGUUCUUCUGGUUGGUCGACUAUUUUGUGGGUUAGGUUCUGCAAGAGCUGUAAACAGGCGUUAUAUCAGUGAUUGUGUGCCACAUAAACUGCGGAUGCAGGCAUCUGCAGGUUUUGUUAGUGCAAGUGCUCUUGGAAUGGCAUGUGGUCCAGCUCUCGCCUGCUUGUUUCAAACUGAUUUUAAGGUUUACAAACUCACAUUUAAUGAGGACACUUUACCCGGUUGGGUUAUGGCUCUUUCCUGGCUUUUCUAUUUACUGUGGCUGUGGAUUUGCUUUAGAGAGCCUCCUCAGAAGAUCAAGGAGAAUAUCUUGCCACAGGAAGCUCAUUCUGGAUCAUCAGUGAAUUACGCUGUAGAGAAUGGUUACACGCAGCCACUGCUUUUGAACAUGGAAGCCAAGCAACAAGGUCAAAAUGAAGACGAAGAAUAUGAUGAUGGCGAGGAAGAUUCUUGUGAGAAAGCUCCCAAACCUGUCACUUCAAUUGUCUCGGCAUACCGGUUACUCACACCAUCUGUAAAGGUUCAACUAUUUGUUUAUUUUAUGCUUAAAUAUGCAAUGGAGAUAUUGCUUGCUGAAGCAAGUGUCAUCACUGCAUAUUACUUUAUAUGGUCAACCAGCAGUGUGGCGAUCUUUCUUGCAUGUCUUGGGCUAACAGUACUUCCAGUAAACAUUGUUGUUGGAACCUACAUCAGCAACAUGUUUGAAGAAAGGCAAGUUCUGCUUGCAUCUGAAAUCAUGGUUUUGAUUGGCAUACUCCUAAGCUUCCAUAUCGGCAUCCCUUACUCUGUGCCUCAGUAUGUCGGCUCUGCACUAAUCACUUUUGUAUCUGCUGAAGUCCUUGAAGGUGUGAACUUGUCGCUCCUCUCCCGGGUCAUGUCAUCAAGGCUUUCUCGUGGAACUUACAAUGGAGGGCUGCUUUCAACAGAAGCCGGAACCCUUGCCCGAGUAAUUGCAGAUGGUACAAUAACACUAUCUGGCUACUUGGGCGUGAGUAGGCUCUUGAACACUACCUUAGUUCCUUCACUAUUCAUCUGUAUCUCCUCUAUUAUUGCCACCUGCUUCACCUACAACUCUCUUUACUAACACCCUCUUGUAAGCAAAAAUUUUGUGAAGUAGCAGUUCCACAGAUAAACUCAUGCUCUAAUCAAUUACCAAGUAUAAUUAGAUACAAUUUCUCGAGCUU